ACAAAUGCAGGCUGAUCAAGCGCUGACCUGACUCUAUGGCUCUGACCUGACUCAACCUCCAGCUUCACUUUGAAUAAUGGGCAAAUAGCACAAGAAACACAUCAGAUAAACACACACGACGCAAAAUCUGAACAUUAUUCCAAACCUUUGGCUGCCAUUGUACACAAGAUGGAUUUCAGAAUAAUGGGCGAGAAUGCAAUGAUCUAUAAUGAACCUGAGACCAUUUACUACAAAGCAGCCAAGAAACUCCUUCACUCUGGCAUGAAGAUCUUGAGCACAACUUCCAACAGCCAGUUAGGAGAGGAGGAAGUUGGGGCUUCUGACCCUGCCAAAGACAACUGUCAGUCAUGGACACAAGUGACAACUCCCAAUCACCCCGUGUAGCCAAAAAAGACACGCCAAGAUCCAGGGUAUUGCCCAGUCAGAUUGGACAUGAUCGGUGGUAGACUUCAGACUGGAAUCAACACCCUUCAGGGUUUCAAAGAAGACAAGAGAAACAUGGUCAACCCAGUUACCUAUAUUAAUUAUGGUCCAUUUAGCUCAUAUGCGCUGACAUAUGACUCCAGUUCUGCCAAUGUCAGCAAAGAGGACUCUGAUCUUAUUUAUUCCUUCUAUGGAGAGGAAAACAGUCAACCAGGUCCAGAAAGUAUUGCAGAUUACCUAGCUGAGCGUAUGAGCCGGAUGGCAGAUAAUAAUAUCCUGGAUGCUUUGACCAGUGGAAAGCACUCCAAACAACUGAAGGAGACUGAAACUGAUAAUUUGCAAGGGGAGGAGCCAGCAGAGAAAGUAGAACUGAUGAUACUGAGAAGCGGAGCAUUUCCAGCAGAAGAUGGAUUAGGCGACCGUGCUGCUGAGGGAGCUACAGAAGGCUCAGAAACAGAGACUAAGGCUAAACGGCCACAAAACAUCAUCUGCUUACUGGCUCCCACUUCUAAAGAACUCCAGCUUGUGGGAGAUAUAUCUGAAUCAUGGAGGAAGUGUGUUGAGAUCCCCAUCAUUGCAGUCAAUCGGUGGUUCUUAUUCUAAAUACCCCUACGAUGGUGCUUCUGUUUUGCAUGUGUUUGCUUUUCAUUUAAUAAACAUUCUUUUUUUUUUGUAAUUUGCCUUUCCAUUUUUUUUUUAUACAAGUUACAAAAAUUGUACAUUAGCAAAUCAAAACAGCAAUAUGUAACUGUUAUGUAUAUAUCAUUUAAACUGUGUCAGUUUUUCUAAACAGCAGGUAUUCUGUACUGUAUAUUCUGAGUAAUAUCAAAUGACCCACUGCUGAAAUCUAAAGAUAAUUUGGUGGAAACUGAGAUAUUUAUUGCACAGCAUGACCCAGCUGGGUCCUCCCUAAAUCAGAUUGUAAUUGAUGUGGAUGACACAAAAGAAAGGAUGCAUCUCUCUGAUAUACUUUAACCUGAUUUUGCUGGCAAAUGAGGCACUCAAGAAAAGUUUUACAGGCAUAAGAUCUUGUAGGAUUGUAUAAGAGCUAUAACAUUAUAAGUAUGAUACCCUUUAGGAGGAUUAACGUUUCAGAAGUGUCAGUAAACAGCAUUUGUAAAGGGCCAAAUAAAUUGUUAAAUUUCUAGAUUCAAUGUGAGAUGGGUUCAUAAUGGUGGUUGUGUUCUCAGCAAGAUUCUCAAAUCCCUUUGUGAUUUGGGAGAAUUGAGUAAACCUUAAAGGAAAUUAAACCAAGACCACUCGAUGUUAUUACAUACAUUGGCUCAGACUUUUUUAUAUUAAGCCAAACAUAAGGCUUUUCAUGUUGUUUACAGAGAAAGCAUGGGUAACUGUAAUAACCCUUCAUGUUAGGCGAUGCUAGAUUUAUGACAUCAUUGACAAACAUUUGAAAAUACCAUUUUAAAUGAAAAGGUAAUGCUCCAUAUCAAAGAUCAUCAGUAGAAAAUUAUUGUCCAGUACUGAGAAAAAUGUGGUUCCUGUAUUUAUUUAUUUUAAUCUCUCAUGGCUAUUGUAGUAAUGCAACAAUAAAUAUUUU